AUCUAUUCGAUCUAGUCGAACAUAUAUAUUAUAUAUAUAUUCAUCUAUUCGGUCUAGCCGAACGAUUUCAUUUAUGUAAUUCUCAGUGUGAAUUUAACAAUGCACCUUGGUUAUGUUAUUUUAGUUAACUCAAUAAUUUACAAUAUAAAUUUAGUUCUAGAUACGUAUUAUGUGCUCGAUAAACUCUUGUUCUUCUUCUGGUGAUAUCAUCGAUGUUACACAAGAAACUUGUUCAGAUUCUCGCAAUAUUGAUCAUACGUUAUCAAAUACUUCUCAAAUGUCCUGUAAAAGGAUUUAUAAUUUACUCGUGCGUAAAGAUGAAACUCUAACAAUAAUCGAAAAUACGAAGAAACAUACUGCAAGUUGCUGGAGUCAAUUUGGAUUUCCAGCUAUUGUUGAUAAUAAAGGCGUCGUGGUGACAAAAUUAGACAACUUUGUUUCAUGUAAAAAUUGCUACGUCACAUAUUCUCAUAAUAACAAUAGUACCUCACAAAUGAACAAGCAUAGUUGUGGAAGUUCACCAAUUAGAUCUUCAAAAACAUCUGAUACAAUAUCCUCAUCGCCUUUCAAACAAAAAAAAAUUUUUUCUUUCACUUGUAAUCGUCCAGGAUCGAUUAAACUAAACGAAGAAGAACGUAAAAAGGUAAAAAAUCUUCUUACAGAAUGGGUCUGUAUGGAUAUCAGACCAUUCUCGAUUGUCAAUGAUCGUGGACUUAAAUCUUUCGUUCAAGAAUGUAUUUCUUUGGGUAUUUCAUAACAUUUUCACAAAUAUUCCUUUUUUUAUUUUAUUUUUUUUGUUCAUAGGGGCAAAGUAUGGAAAUAUUCAUGUUGACGAUAUAUUAUUUGGUGCUGAUACUAUUUCAUCUCACGUCGAAAUAUUAGCUAAUCAAUAUCGAUCUGAGAUUCGACAAAAACUAAUUGAACCUUUAUCACAACAUGCUAUAACAAUAUGUCCCGACAUGUGGUGUGAUUCUUAUCUACAAGUUUCAUAUUUGGGUAUUAGUGUGUGUUUUACAGAUGAAAAUUAUCAAUUUUUAACAUAUGAUCUUUGUUGUCAUCCUUAUAGUGAAGAAGAUAAAAGUGCUGAAAACAUUAUUAUUGCAUUAAAAAAAGCACUGGAACCUUUUGGUAUUGCUGAUUUAUCCCAAUUGAACUUUGUUAGUGAUAGAGGCUCUAAUUUUAUAAAAGCACUUAAACCAUAUUCACCUAUAUAUUGUGUAGCUCAUAGGCUAAAUAAUAUUAUCAAGACAUGUUUUUAUCAAACAGGCAAAAUUAAACGAAAAACAGAUGAUGGUAUUCCGAAUGAAGCACUUGAAUUAGUUUAUUCAUCAGAUUCUGAUGAUGAUACUGAUAAUUAUGAAAAUUAUGCUAUUGUAGCAUCUUCAUUCGGUUAUGAUUUAAUUGAUGUCGAUUUAAUGGAUCUUACAUCAUCUGCAAAAAAUAUUCUUAAAACGAUCUCAUCUUGUAAAAUUUUGAAAGGCAAAGAGCCUACAUUACAUCUUGUUACAAUAGCUAUUUUAACACUACGUGAUACUUUUAAUACACAUAAAGCUUUAAUGGAAUACAGUCAAAAUUAUCAAAUAAAUCCAUCAACAUCAGAGUUGGA